AUUAUCCGAGAAGCCACAUACCUUGGUUACCAUACUAAUAAAGUUUAUGAAGGAUUAAAGCUUGGCAUACUCCUCUUUAUUCUAAGAGAAAUCUUAUUUUUCUUUAGUUUUUUCUGAACCUAUUUUCAUGGAAUACUUGCUCCCGAUUUAGAACUAGGCCUAGCCUGACCUCCAAAAGGUAUUAACAACUUUAACCCAUUCCAAAUUCCUCUUCUUAAUACUUUAAUCCUUCUCUCCUCAGGCAUCUCAAUUACAUGAUCCCACCACAGACUUAUCAACAAUAAAACAUCACAAAGCAUUCUUAGACUAAAAAUUACUAUUGCCCUCGGAUUAUACUUCUCAAUCCUUCAAGCUUUUGAAUAUUUUAUAGCACCCUUUACCAUAGCAGAUAGUAUGUUUGGAAGAAUUUUCUUCCUUGCUACAGGGUUUCAUGGCCUACAUGUUCUUAUUGGAACACUCUUUAUCCUUGUAUCCCUUUUUCGAAUAAAUACCCUCCAUUUCAACAAGUUCCAUCACUUCGGAUUUGAAGCAAGAGCUUGAUACUGACAUUUUGUGGAUGUAGUCUGAAUAUUUUUAUAUCUUUUCAUAUAUUGAUGAAUUUUCUAAACUAUUAUUUUAUUAGUAUAAUUAGUACCCCUAGCUUCCAACUAGGAAGUUUUUUUUAAAAAUAAAAUAAUUUUAAUUAUUAUAAUACCCCUCAUUCUAUCCUCCCUUCUUAUUAUACUAUUCAAAACUUUAAUCAACAUCUCUAAAAAUAAAAUUAAUAAACUCAAUACCUUUGAAUGUGGAUUUGAAACUCUUUCUAACAAUCGCCCCCCCUUCAGCAUUCGUUUCUUUAAAAUUAUUAUCAUUUUCUUAAUCUUUGAUAUUGAAAUUAUCAUUAUACUCCCUAUACCUUUUAUUCCCCUCCUAUUCCAUAAUUUUACUCCUAUCUUAACCCUUCUCUUUAUUCUUUUAUUAGGCCUCUUAAUCGAAAGCAAACAAGGCAGCCUCAAUUGAUUAAAAUUCUAA